AUGUUAUCUCAGAUUUUCGCCAUCGACAUGGGCCGCCUGAUUGCUGGAGCAGCAAAUCGUGGAGAAUUUGAGGAAAGACUUGUAAUGAUUGUCGAUGAAGUGAAAGAGAGCAAUGGUGAAAUCAUUCUAUUCAUUGAUGAAGUCCACACAUUAGUCGGUGCUGGCGCUGGAAACCAACCCCUGGAUGCUGCUAACAUUUUGAAACCUCCUCUUGCUAGAGGGGAACUAAAGUGCAUUGGAGCUACAACGCUGGAAGAAUACAGGAAGUACAUUGAGAAAGAUCCCGCCUUGAAACGGCGAUUUCAAGUUGUACAAGUGCCUGAGCCUUCCAUUGACGAGACAAUUGAGAUUCUGAAAGGGAUCAAGAGGAAAUUCGAGGUUUAUCAUAACGUCGUAUACCCGGACGAGGCUCUGAUCGCAGCAGCAAAAUUGUCGAAACAAUUCAUCAGUGAUGCUUUCCUGCCUGAUAAGGCAGUUGAUAUCAUGGAUGAAGCAGGAGCAAGAGUUGUGUUAUAUGGUAACAACAAGACUAAUGGAGAAGCUUCUAAUCAGCAAAAUUAUGGUGGCAAUGGAAAUGGUCAGCUUGUUAGUGUUGAAGUUAUCAAACAAGUCAUUUCUUCCAGGACUGGAAUUCCAGUUGAAAAUCUGUCAAGCGACGAAUCCAUUCGCCUUCUUAACAUGGAAAACAUCUUUGCUGAGCAAAUAAUCGGACAAGAUGAUGCGAUCCAAGCAGUUUCUCGCGCGAUUCGCAGAUCAAGGGUCGGCCUAAGUGACCCUGAUCGUCCCAUUGCGACAUUCUUCUUCACAGGUCCAACUGGUGUUGGAAAAACCCAAGUGGCAAAGUUAGUCGCCAAGGAAUAUUUCGGAUCCAAAGAAUCAAUGGUGAGGUUGGACAUGAGCGAAUACAUGGAAAAACAUUCAGUUGCUCGGCUGUUUGGAUCGCCUCCAGGCUACCUCGGCCAUGAUGAUGGUGGGCAAUUAACCGAAUCCGUUCGCAGGAAGCCACAUAGCUUGGUUCUGUUCGACGAAGUAGACAAGGCUCAUGUUCAGGUUUUCGAUGCAUUGCUUCAGAUUCUUGAUGAUGGGAGAUUGACAGAUGGUAAGGGGAGAGUUGUUGAUUUCAAGAACACCAUAAUCAUAAUGACAUCGAAUAUCGGUUUCAACUCCACCUAUAAUCAUGAAACACAAGGAAAUGUGAGAGAAGCAUUGAAGAGGAAAUUCAGGCCUGAGUUUCUUAACAGGCUUGAUGAGAUCAUUGUGUUCCAAGGGCUAGGGAAGACUGAACUGAUGAAGAUUGUGGAUGUAUUGUUGAAGGAAGUUAGUGAAAGGAUUGCGAAAUCGAAGAACAUUAGCCUUCAAUUCAGUAUGACAUUCAAGGAGAAAUUGAUUUCAGAGAGUGGAUGCUAUGAUGCCAAUAAUUAUGGAGCUAGGCCAUUGAGAAGAGCCAUAACAAGAAAUCUUGAAGACCAAUUGGCAGACAAAGUUUUGAAUGGUAGUGUCAAAGAAGGAGAUUCUAUACUAGUUCAAGCUAUUUCAAAUGGUGAUGUUGUUUUCUCUUAG